AUGGGGGCUCAGAGGGGGAUAAUUAAGGGUGUGCUGUCGCCCGGCGGCCAAAGACCGGUACUGCAGGUGGGGAGUCGCGCAUGCGCAUCCCGGCCCGGCUCGGCCCCGCCCCACCCGGCCGCGCAGGUGCCGGCCCACACACAGUCGCAGCGGCUGCUGCUCCGAGCUGCAGAAGCCCCGCCUGCCCACGAAGUUCCUGACCCCAGGGAGAGCUGCGGGGGGCGCAGGCCGCGCAACGGGUUUACUUUGUGCUGUCGCACACAAAUCUAUAAAGUGUUUAAGGAGAAAAAGUCGGCGGAGGGGCUCGGGAGAAAAUGGCGGCCAGUACGAAAUCGCAGCUGCACGGCCCGGGAAGAAAGCAGGGUCCAGGGGACGGGUCCUCGACCGGGCCGGGUCCUCGACCGGGUCGGACCCGCGGGACUGCCACGAGUACGUCGUGAGGCAGCCGGACCGCGUCAAGAAUGUCAACUGCCACUGUUUCUCCGGGGUCGCCCUUUCUUCUGCUGCGACAGCACAGUACAGAUGGAGAGGAUCUGGGGCGCUCUGCGAGUACAAGCCGCAUUGACCAAGCGAGAGGAGCAGCAGCAGCACCAGGGCUGUAGCGGCAGCGCUGGGUCCCUCAGCGUCAUUCUGGUCACGGCACAGCCUGGUCCUGCCCCUUGAAGGGUGAUCUCCCUGCACCGCGCUGGGAGGAAGGGGCCAGGCAUUUCCCUGCACCAGCCAGAGGUUCACUGUUAGGCUGAGAAGGUGUUCCAGGCGGCAUUGGUCAGUCUGAAGAGGGACCAGAAGCGUCGGGAUGGCUCCGGCUUUGGUGGGCUGUGCUGUUUUUAGAGUGGAGCUGUUUCCUCGGGAUCCUUCUGUCGCUCGGCUCCUGUCCUGUCCAUUGGUCGGAGGGCAUUGCCCUACUCUCUUGGGUGCUCUUUUGUUUGAUGAUGCUGAACUCCAGUUGGGCUUUGUUGUUUGUUUUGCAGGUGCCUCAUUGUCCACGUCUUGUGCUGCUUGAUAGCUGCCCCAGCCUGGGUUUGCGGCCAGUGGUGGAGCCACGUGAGGGGAAGGGGCCAGCCCCGGGUCUGGGCGUUUGGUGUUUUUUGUGGUGAAUAAAAAUGAGGGGUAUUUGGGGCCAUCCCAGUGUCACCAAAGGGGGUGAUGAUGCAGCAGAGGAGCAGGUGAGUUGGGGAUGUGGGGUGACAUGGGGUUCCCCCCUAAAAGAGGUAGGUCACAGCUGCAAAAUAUCUGAAAAAUCAUGGAGGGGGUUAAAAAAUAAUGAAGCCUGUAAAUAUGAGUGUGAAGUAUUGAAAUAGAGAACAAUCUCUCAUUUAUCUAGAGAUGGAAAAAUAUUUAUGUAUAUAAAAGGAGUUAAGAACAAAACUCUGUAUGGAUUCUAUGAUUCUGUGAUUCUAUAUUGUAAAAAAGAUCUUAUAUAAAAAUAUAUAAAAUCCUAUUUAUAAAAAGAUAUUUGUGUCACAAUAGAUGUCUAAGGAGAUAGUUUAAGUAGAUAUUCUACAUAAUGAGUGUUAAUGUGUAAGUCGAAGCCUAAACGGAUCUUCUAUUGAAGUGUAACAAGAGAGUACAUUUUCCCUAAGUCUUAUACAGGUAUAAAUAAACGCAGAGGUCUUAAGUGCCUGUGCUGUAGAUGGUUCUAAGUGGCAAAGGAAGCCUAUUGCUAGAAGGGAUUUCAGAACUGGCCCUUCCCUCUAAUCUCUCUUGAAGGCAUCCAGGCACUUUCAGAAGCUGCCCCUUCCCCCGUUUCCCCUCCCGCUCCGGCAAGCUAGAUUCUGUGCAGUGGGAGAGGAGGAAAAAAACCCACCCCCAUUUUCCUGCAGGGACACAAAACUCCCUGAUGUUUCUGUGGUGGAGAAGGUGGCACCCCCACCUGCCUUCCUGGGCCCCGGCAGACUUACUGCUGUCGCCCCCAGGGCCACAUGCAGAGCGCUGUGGCGUCCCUGGGGCCGGUUGCAGGGUGAAAACCACAGGUUUUUGGUGCCGAGGCAAUGUCUGUGGCUGCCUGGGCUGCGAGCAGGAAGCCCUGCCCACUGGUAAGUGGUUAUGGUCCCCAGGUGGAGGGAAGCGGGCUGAGAGCGGUCACCGCUGCUCACCCUGGUGAGGUCUCAGAGGGGGACAAGGAAGGGGGUGCAGGUGCCCGGCAGCCAAAGGCUGGAGCUGUGGGUGGGGAGCCACGGAAUUACGGGUUAGCUGUUUGUUGUGGUUUUUGUCAAGGAUGAAUUCAGACCCCUGGCUCUCUGAAAGCUGAGGGACUGGUACUGGAGAGGAGCCAAGGUAGUUUUAGGGAGGGUUUUUUAAGUUAAAGAAGGGAAGAGGGCUGUUCAGGAGCAGUCCCCUUUGGGCAGGUAAAGGAAGCGGGUUACUCUUCAGCACAAUGCUAGUGUGUGCCGGGCAGGCCGGUUCCACCUUCGGGAUCAUGUUGGAUUUUACAGGGUUUUUUUAGCAAACUCAUGUGCCCCAUGGGCAUGUGUAAAUACUUGGUCAUCAUACCAAUGUUGGCAACAUCUUUAAUCUGGAUUGAAGCAUGGUGGAUGUGCAAAGAAAACAUUGUGGGUUACUAGAAAUGUAGAGCAAGAAGGAAAGAAGCAGAUUCCUCUCUCUCUUAUUCACUAGAUUUAACACCUGUAGCUUUCUGUCACUUUUCAAUUCUGUGUACUUGUGAUAAUGAACCUCACCUUCUGGCUUCCUUCUGUUUUAUACAGAAAGAAUCCAUUUGAUUUCAACAGAAAUACUGCUUAUUUUGCAUUGAUAGAAAUUCCAGAAGAAACAGAGCACAGGUCUUGGAUUUUUUUUAGAAAGAAAAUUGGAUCUUUUCAGUUUUUGGAAAACUGGAUCUUUUGCAUUGUGAAUAUUUUAAACAUGAAAAUGUAUUAAUCAUAACCUUUGUCCCCAAAACAAAUAUUAUUCCUUAAGGUCAGAUGAGAAGUUCUGUUUACCCUUCCAUAGCUGGUUGAACAUUUAGAGUAAUAGUCUACUAGGACAUCUUGAAUCCCCUGAAACAGAUGUCUGACUGAGAUGGAUCAUUUGAGGGUUUACGUGUGGCAUGUGGUUAUAAUGAACCUCAGCGAAUAAUAACAAAACCGUGAAUUUGAUUUAGGAAGGAUCAUGCUUCAGGAAUCCAGAACAGGUCUGCUUUAUACGAUGACCACAGUAUAAUAAGGUUGCAUUACUUGCCCUGAAAAAAAUAACCAGUAUUCGGGUAUAAUUCAUCUUAAUGAUUUGUUCUUCUAUUAUGAGAAAUAGCACUAUUGUUAAUUAUAAUUUUGUAUAGUUAUUGUGUAUUGGUGAUAAUGUAAUGAUCACAUAUUACACAAUUUUGAAGAUUCUGUUUU